UUGAUCCCCUUGUGUGACGACUUUUGCCCGCCUUCUUGCUGCCGCCUGUCGUAUUUAAUUGUAUUUCCGGGUCGUGGGAGUUACCGGUGGUUUGGGUGUUAUUUACAAGUUAAGAGGAAGAAAAAAUACGGACAAUUUAAAAUAAAACACAAGAUGGAGGGAAAUGAGCUGGGAAUUCCACCAGAUCUGUCGGAUCGUUCCCAUCGAGGAAGUGUGUCCUCGACAGGAGCAAGAAGUCUUCACGUUCUGGUUUAUUUAAUAAAUGAUACGGCAGUUCAGCUGACUUUAGACAAUCUUACUACAGUCUCUGCCAGUGAAUUGGGACGUAUUGUUCGGGAAGUAUUACAGCUUCCAGAGAUUGCCCAAGAUGUGUUCUCUCUCUGGCUUAUUUCUCCACUUCUAGAACUGCAACUGAAGCCAAAGCAUCAGCCAUACAAAUUGUGCCGGCAGUGGCAGGAUCUUCUGUUCCGCUUCACAGAUUGUUCGGGUGAUAGUAUUAUGGCCGAUGAACCUUCAUUACAGUUUCGAAGAAAUGUGUUCUUUCAGAAAAAGAAAGAAUUGCAGAUUGAAGAUGAAAACAUUUUAAGACUAUUAUAUGACGAAGCCAAGUACAAUAUUCUAGAAGGAAGGUAUCCAUGUGACGUAGAGGACUGUGAAAAACUGGGUGCAUUAACCUGCAGAGUAGAACUUGGUGCCUUUGAUCAAGAGAUGCACAACACAACUUACUUCAGUGCAAAGUUGGACAGUUUUCUUCCUGCUCAUAUCUGCAAGAAGGGGCAUGGUGGCUUUCUCUCAGCAUUUAGGAAUAGAGGACCAAAGCAUCCUACCUAUGAAGAGGACCUGCUUAAAGCCUAUAAAGAAGUAACAGAUGACAGUGCCUGUGAAGAGUCAGAGGCAGUAAAGAAGCAUUUAAGGGAUUACUUAAACAAGUGCCAUACUUUGAUGUAUUAUGGGUCAGCUUUUUUCUCUGGAGAAAUUGACAAGCCAGCCCAAGGUUUCUUACACAAAGGAGGACGGAAGUCAGUUUCUGUUGCCAUCAGCUUAGAAGGUGUGUGCAUAAUGGACAGAAAGGAAAAGCAUGUAUUACUUAGUCUGCGAUUCAGUGAACUAUCUUGGGAUCAUACGUACCCUGAGGAAGAGGAUGAAACUCAGAUUUUGUGGCUAGAAUUUGAUGGGGAUGAUGAAGGAACAAAAGUGAAUAAAUUGUUAAAGAUUUAUUCUAAACAGGCUGAGGUGAUGAGUGGACUAAUUGAAUACUGUGUAGAACUUAGUUCCAGUACUGAAACAUCACUGCAGGAGAAUCCCAACACUGUAACAUCAAGUGCACAGCCAAGACUGGCAGAUAAACGAGGCAGACUGCGGAGACAGAACAGUGUUGUUUGCAAUAGACUUGCACAUCUUUCUACUAUAGACUAUAUAGACGAUGGCAAAGAAAUAAAACGAAUAAAACCCAGGAGGACUGCAUCAUUUUUCACCCGUCAGAUAUCCACCAAUCCUGCCACUUAUUCAGCAGUUCAGUUGGCUGAGAAUCUGGAGCAAGGUUAAAGGCACUAAAAUGAAGACCACAUUUUAUUGCCAGCUUGGAGUAUUCGGACCAACUGAAGUAUGGACUAAAGCAAAUGCCGUACUGGGUGUGCACAACUUACCUUCACCUUGACACUACUGCUUGGAAUUUAUUUUAUAGAUUAUGUAACAUAUAUGAUCACUCUAACAUUUGCCUUAUAUUUGAGCCAAGUAAACUAAAGCACAGACUGGAACAUUCUUGGCUGGUGUAGACAUUUCAGCAGUUGUGCUCCAGGUGUUCUGAUAGGGGUAAAGCAAAACAAAGUUGAAGAAGUGUUUGUGCCUUUUACUCAUAAAACUAGUUUACAGCCUAAAGAAGCUAUUAACCAAUGGUUACUGCUUAAAAAUAUUUCAGUUAUAGAUUUGUUGGAUUAGGAGUACUGCCUUUUAUCUUUUGGUUCCAUUGAUGUUGGAUUUUUCCAUGACCAAAAAUUAGCCUCUUAAUGAAUUUGGCAUUCCUAGAUUUUUACAUAAUGCAAAGCUUGUUAUUUAAUGUUACCUUUAUCUUUUGUUUAAGAUAAAAGUUGACUGUUUUUUUCUUAUUUAACACUAGUGAUUUUUUUUUGUGAUUUAUCCAAGAAUACCACUGUUGUUGCAGUGAUUUGAGGCAAGAAAUGAGUUAGAGGGAAUUAUAUUGAAUACUGAGGAAGUAAACAGUAGAUGCUGACCAUCUCAGCAUGUGGUUUGGAGGGGUACUUCUUUCAUAUAACUCACAUUGUUCAGUUUUUGACUUCCUGUAAUGAACAUGCCAAUUUUCUAAUAGACAUAUCUUGUUGCAUUAAGUAUGUGUGCUUGGUUAAAUAGUAUAAUUUAUUUAUUCCAAUGAUUCCUGUGUUCUAACACUUAAUAAUUAGUGACUCACAUGUAUAAGUCUGCUGCUGCUGCUAAGAGUGAUGAAAGAAUGUGCAAAAGGUACUAGCUUACAAAACUGCUAUAUAGGGAAAAGACCACAGACAUGACUCAGUUGCCUUCUUUCUCAUCAGGGAGUUAAAAUUGUUUUGCUUGAUGUUUUCAGUGCCUUAGAGGUGCCAGUCUGCUUCCUUUAUAUUUAUGUAAUUUUGAACUACUAAUUUAUCUUUCUGGUAUUGAAAUGUUAGUGCAUUGUCUAUGUAUGUAUAUUUGUUCAAGACAGAUUGUGUAAAAGUCAUUAAGUGGGUAACACCUGCUUUCAACUAAAUUGCCUACCUGUAGAAUCGGUUAGAUGCAAGCAGUUAUUUUUUUUUUGUUGUUGUUGCUUUAAGAAAAAUAUUUUGAGGAUUACAGAUUCCCAAGAAUGGCUCUUUAUAAAUAGCUCUGGCAGCUGUUGGGGAAAGUUAAAAUGCAUGGAAGACUAGUAUCUUGAAAAUCUAGCUCAUAAAAUCGCAUUUUAUGUGCUAGCCUUCCAAGACUGUGUAAAACUGUGACCCCCCCCCCAUGUUUGCACUUCACUGCUUGUCUUUGCAUUGUUUUGUAUGUCACACAAUGGCAAAAUAAAAUUUUACAAUA